AUGGGUGACGGUCAACCAUCCGAUCACGAAGCCUCACGACCCCCGCGUACCGGGAAGAAGUUCAGGCGGACGCUGUCCUGCUUGAAUUGCCAGAAACGGAAAGUGAAGUGCGACCGGGUCAAGCCAUGCCGGGCUUGUUGCUCCCGCGGCGCCCCCUCCGAGUGUGAAUAUGGAACGACCAAGAAGGACCUCCAUUUCAUCGAGCAGUCUGAUCUCAUUGAGAAGCUGCGGCAGCGAUGCAAGCAGCUGGAGGAACAGCUGACCGAGGCAAAGGAUGCCACCAAGACAAGCAAUGGUCAAUCUGCCAUCCCCACGCCGAAUUCAUCAGAGGGGAAACAGGCUUCCAGGGCAGUGACGCAGAUGAGAAAGUUGGCAAUGAAACCUGGUACUACCGCUGAGCAGACUCAGAGCGUGAUACCAACGCCGCCCAGUUCCGGAAAAGCCCUCCUCGAAGUGUUCCUGGGCGACUUGGUCGAGGCGUUUUCACCGCAGUCCUCCGUUUACUAUGGCACUGGCUUUGACAUUCGAGCGGCUGCCGAAAUGCGCAUUUUCUCUCCGCUGUUAUCGAGUGCGUUUGAAGCAGCUGCCCUCGUAUUCGUCAGCAAACGCGAUAAGAAUCCUAAGAUCGAAACGGUCGGCAAUGCGCAGUACAGUGGCGUGCUCAAGCUGCUGCAGAAGGCGGUCGAUGACCCCGAACAACGCAAGUCGACCGAGGUGUUGGCGGUGGUGGUUUUGUUCGCGAUCAUUGAGGUGCGUCCAUCCACUGCAUCGCAGUUCUUGUCUCGUUUGGUGACGCUCACAGCUUGUCAUCAGGCGUUCAAGCAUAGCGUGAAAGAUGCCCUCCUGAACCAUCAGCGCGGAGGGCUCGAGCUGAUGCGCCUGAGAACACCGUAUCGGCAUCGAGUUGGCUUGGACAAAUCGUUAACCGGAGUCAUCCUGACCGGGAUUGUCCAGGUGACGUCGACCAUCGUCAGCAGAUGUCCAACAUUCUUAGCAAACCCGGACUGGAUCACUGUCCCCUGGCCAGAGAACGGCCCACCGAAAGACAUACUGCAUCGCCUGUUGGAUAUCGCCGUCGAGAUCCCCGCGUACUUGGCAGCCUGGGACAAUUUCAAGGCCGGCCUGAAACGAGGCAGUAUCGCCACUCCGGAAGCCAUCGAGUCCAGCCAAGCUGCUCUUUGGGAGACAGCAACGGAGCUGGACCGCCGUUUGCAGCUGUGGGAAAGUAUCCACGCGAGCAGCUAUCCCAUGGGGUACAUGCGUGAGGUCUUCGAAGACACAGUGCACUCCAGCGAGAACGACCUGGACGGCAACCUCUACACGUUCCCUCGUUUCCAGUGUCGAAACCUGGCGACAGGCGAGAUGGUCACGCCGCCCAACCUGGUCUAUCCGGACCAGCUGCUUUUACUGUCGAUGUGUCUGUACUGGGCGCUGCGGCUGGUCGUCACCGCGGUGGACGACAGCGGCCUGGUGGUGGCGGUGCUCAGUCCGCAUGAACGGUACCAGCUGGCAUGCGAUAUCUGCCGGAGCAUGAACUACUAUGUGCGUACGUCGCCGGGGUUGCUGAUCUUGCGGAUCAUGUUCCCCCUGCGAGUGGCCUUUGACACGUUUUCGGACGGCAUGCCGGAGAAGAAGUUCGUCCAGGAGCUGUUUCUCUAUAUCGGGAAUAAGUUUCGGUUUCAGGUGUUUAAGAAUGCGUGUACUGACUCGGCAGUGCAUGGGAGAGGCGUCUAG